AAGUCAUUUGAUUUAAAACAACAUGAAUAUUUCGAACGGAUAAAAAUAAAUACAACUACUUAUUAUAAGCUCUCGUAAUAAUUAGAAAACUGGCACAAUGAAAUGAAACCCUUUUCUGUCGACAUAAAAUUGAUAAAACAGUGAUAAGAACGAUUGCAAUAUUCUAUUUAAAUAUUUAUAAGUAAAAUCCGGAAAAACAUAACGACACGGCUUCAUACAAAAUCGAUAAGAACAAGGCACAUAAAAACAAGUCGUGAAAGCAUAAUUGGGGAUUUCUAAAAAGAAAUAAUUAAAAAAAUACUUGAUACAAGACCUUUGCUAUAGGAAAAUUAUCUAAAUGAAAUAUUUUAAAGCCCACAAAUAAAAAGAGUACGGUUGUCGAGAGAGUGACUUAAAAUAAGGACGUGAAUGUGUGUGUUCGCCGGUGGCAUCACUGCAUUUAAAAAAGUUUGUUAUAGUUUAAUAACAAUUGAAGACUCUAACAAGAAUAAAAAUGCAUGCUGUCGGAAUCCAUUCAGCAAUGGCGAUAAAGCGUCAACGUCGAAGGCGUGAUGAACAAAAACGGGCAAGAGAGCGACGUUACAGCAUCCAAAGUUCUGAGAGUGGUGACACGUUCCAUUCUCCAAAUGGUUCUGUGCGACGCAAAUAUGCCCACGCACAAAGAAAUUCUAAAGCAGGACCAGGAAUGAUUGACAGCCAGGUUGUCACGAGCAUUGGAAUGCUACAUAUUGGUAUAGUUUUUAUUGUCUUCGGUGUUUUUUUAUGUGGAGCUGGCAUAAUUCCGGAUGAAACAAUGUCGUGGAAUGUUUUUAGUUCGAGCUCAGCUUGGUGGAAUGAGGUAACAUGUACUGGACUGUUUUCAUUGGGACUUGGAUUAUUUUUGCUUGUCUUAAAUUGCUUGAUAAGCCGCAAAGAAGAAGAAGAUUUGGAGGAUUACGUACAGCGACAGCUGACAAGAUCUCGAUCUGGACAUCGUUUGGAACGUGAUGUGGAAACAGGAGUACUAACAACGAAACAUGCACGUAAAGCGGUUGCAUUACAAAAAAGUGGUCUACCAGGAGAAGUAGCUCUAGUCAAUAGUUCAACUAAUGAUAAUAUAUCCAAUGGAUCCAUAGAUGGGCGAACAUGUUUAAGUACAUCAGGUGAUAUUUUACUAGAAAAAAUAGUUGAAGAAGAUAAUUCAUAUCUAAAUAAUGGCAGCGUUGGGGUUUCGCCUAUUGAAAUCGAGAACGACACAAAGCAACUUUUACGAAGUGAAUCAAUAAAUGAAACAAUCAACAUAACACGAAUAUAAAAUAAAUUCAACUCGAAAUCGUAACAAAUUUUUCCUUAUGCAAUUUAAUACUUAAAUUUUUUAAAAUAAUUUAGAUAAAAAAUAUAUCCCUUUUUACAAAAAUUUCAAUUUACAUUACAAUGCAUUGAAUUGUUAAAAAAGAAAAAAAAAACAUAUACACCCAAACACAUACUAUAACGCGUACAUAGAAAUCAAUCGUAACUCUUAGCUUAAGAAUAUUUUAUAUUUUACUAGCUUUAUUUUAUACAUAUACCAAAAAUAAUUUGUAUAUAUCUUAAUGCUUUAGUUUUUAAUAUUUCGGGAACCUUACCUUUUACACAUUUCGCUCAGAAAAUUUGUGGCCG